UCGCUAGAAGCGCAAAAGCUCAAAACCACUCCACCAUUUUUUUUACAGAAAGGCUCCGCACCUAAUUCUCCAAGCGACGUUUGCCAUCAUUGUUCGCGCAUCAGCCGGGCCGCGUGCAAGCGCAUUCUUUUGCUGUUCUGACACGAGCGUUUCGAGGGAUGAGCCGAGGGGGCAAGCUGCGGUGGCUGUGGAGGGCGCCGGCGCGGGCGCUGGGCCGGGCGUGCGACCUGUACGUGCGGGGGCUGACGGGGUGCGCGCGCUACGUGCCCGCCGACGCCGCGUUCGGGUACCCGGUGUUCGUGCCGGCGUCGCUGUCCAGAAGCCACAGCGUCGCUGGCUCCGACUCGGCCGCCGAGGAGGACCUCCGCGAGCUCGUUCGAGCUGCGUCGCAGAGGCGCGUCGAGCAGCGGGAGCGGGAGCUGCAGGCCGUGGCGAGGAGCCAGAGCAUGGCCGCCGCGCUCUCCAUGGCGCGGAUCGACGAGGACGCGCCGUGCGAGUUCGGCGGCGCCGGCGCCGGCGAGCUGUACCCGAGGAGCCAGAGCUGCGUCGGUGGGGACGCGGGGAGGAGGGCCCGCGGUCACCGGAAGGUGGCGGCGCUGGGCUGAUCGAGCUGCUAGCUGCUGCCCGGCCGGCGGUGCCAGUGUGUGUGAUCGUGUCGCAGUGUCUUUUGGUGUCUAGUGUGAUCGUGUCAAUACUAAAAAUGGUUGAAUAUAUUCGCGAUCUAUUGAAUAUAGCAUCAAGUUUGUUGUUGGAUUGCCA